CGUCAUCACCAAUGCGGAAGUAGUUGGGGGGUAUAGUCCGAGCAGCCACAACAGGCUUCGCAGACUAAAUAACUGCUUUUAUUCUUCUAUCUGAGGCUCACCUGGAGCCCCGGUUUUGAUUUCAGUGCUUGUUGUUGAGGCAGGGUGUCCGCCAUGAACGUGACGCUGGCGGUGAAGCAGUACGUCUCCAAGAUGAUCGAGAGCAGCGGGGCGGGGAUGAAGGUGCUGCUCAUGGACAAGGAGACGACCAGCAUAGUGAGCAUGGUGUACACACAAUCUGAGAUCCUGCAGAAGGAGGUCUACCUCUUUGAGCGCAUCGACUCUCAAAACAGAGAAAGCAUGAAACACUUGAAGGCCAUCUGCUUCCUCAGACCGACUACGGAGAAUGUGGAACAUCUCAUCCAGGAACUGAGGAGACCAAAGUACAGUGUCUACUUUAUCUACUUCAGUAACGUGAUCAGUAAAAGUGAAAUCAAAGCUCUUGCUGAGGCUGAUGAACAGGAAGUGGUCGCUGAAGUGCAGGAGUUUUAUGGGGACUUCAUUGCUGUCAAUCCUCACCUGUUCUCCCUCAACCUGCAAGGCGUGGCCAGGGUAAGAGCGCUAGGAGGAUGCUGUGUCUCAUGUGCACUGCAUGUGCUCGUGUUUGUGUGUGUGUGUUUGUGUGUGUCACAGGGGCGGAGCUGGGAGCCGUCCAUGUUGCACCGCUGCACGCAGGGCCUGACCUCCGUCCUGCUGGCCCUCAAGAAAUGUCCCAUGAUCCGCUACCAACUGUCCUCCGACAUGUCCAAACGUCUUGCCGAGAGCGUCAAGCAAAUCAUCACCAAGGAAUACGAGCUGUUCGACUUCAGGAAGACGGAAGUACCGCCCCUGCUGCUCAUCCUGGACCGAAGUGACGACGCAAUCACGCCGCUGCUCAACCAGUGGACCUACCAGGCCAUGGUGCACGAGCUGCUGGGGCUCAACAACAAUCGCAUCGACCUGUCCAGAGUUCCCGGGAUCAGCAAAGACCUGCGUGAGGUGGUCCUGUCUGCUGAGAACGACGAGUUCUACGCUAACAACUUGUAUUUGAACUUUGGAGAGAUUGGCAGCAACAUCAAGAACCUGAUGGAGGACUUCCAGAAGAAGAAACCUAAAGGCCAGCAGAAGCUGGAGUCCAUCUCUGACAUGAAGGCGUUUGUGGACAACUACCCGCAGUUUAAGAAGAUGUCUGGCACCGUGUCCAAACACGUGACGGUGGUGGGCGAGCUGUCGCGCCUUGUGUCAGAGCGUCACCUGAUGGAGGUAUCGGAAGUAGAACAGGAGCUGGCCUGUCAGAACGACCACUCCAGCGCUCAGCAGAGUGUGCGUCGCCUUCUUCAGAACCCUCGCGUGUCCGAGCUGGACGCCGUGCGUCUGGUCAUGCUCUACGCUCUCCGGUACGAGCGCCACAGCAGCAGCAUUCUUCCCACUCUCAUGGACGAGCUGAGCCGAAGGGGCGUGUCCGAGCGCCACCGCAAGAUGGUGUCAUGUGUGGUGGAAUACGGCGGGAAGAGGGUGAGAGGAAGUGACCUCAUCACGCCAACAGACGCUGUGGCCAUCACCAAGCAGUUCUUCAAAGGCCUCAAGGGUGUGGAGAACGUGUACACACAACAUCAGCCUCUUCUUCACGAAACUUUGGAUCAGCUGGUCAAAGGUCGCCUGAAGGACAGCCAGUUUCCUUAUCUUGGAGCCAGCAGCCUCAGAGACAGGCCCCAGGACAUUGUGGUGUUUGUGAUUGGAGGUGCCACGUACGAAGAAGCUCUGACUGUUUACAACAUGAAUCGCAGCACGCCGGGUGUACGCAUGGUGCUGGGAGGAAGUAGCGUGCUCAACACCAAGAGCUUCCUGGAAGAAGUGAUGUCAGCAAUGAGUGGCAGCGGCGACAGAGUGCAAGGCAGCAGUCGCCAUAGCAACCGCCGCUGAGCCCCACCUAACACAAAAACGACAUUCCUUGUUGUUGUGACAUAGUGUGACUCAAAUCUUGUAUUUAUCGUUUAAUGUUCAUAAAUGACAGCAUUUCACAUCGUUUCACUUUUUUUAUAGUGCAAUGAAAAGACGAUUUGGGUUGUUUGUUUUCUAUAUUGACACCAAGAUGCAGUCUUAAAGUAGCUGGCAUCUGUUGUCGUAUUAAAAGUAUGCUAACGACAUACUUAACUAUAGAAAGUAAAAGUAACAUGUAAAAGUCUUGUUAAAGAGCAGUCAAAUUGAAAAUAAAGUGCUUUCACUUA